GAUCUUUGAGCUCUCUUCAAUUCUAGUAUUUCAGUCUUUGAGCUAAGAAAAUGGAGGGAGAGAAUAGCAGUAUUGAGAAAGGAUUAUUACACGUAAAUAAAGAAGAAACAUCUGGAAAUACAACUCCAUUUCUUAUUUUUACCACUUUCAUUAUUGUCUCUGCUUCCUUCAACUUUGGAAUUGCAUUAGGUUAUACUGCCGGUACAAUGUCAUCUAUUAUGGAAGAUCUUGACCUUUCCAUCGCACAAUUUUCAGUAUUUGGUUCGCUAUUGACUUUUGGAGGAAUGAUCGGUGCUAUAUUUAGCGCCAAAAGUGCAGAUGCAUUCGGCCGUAAGAUGACUUUGUGGCUUGCCGAAGGAUUCUGCAUUUGUGGAUGGCUUGCGAUUGCACUAGCCGAGAAUAUUAUUUGGCUAGAUUUGGGACGAUUCUUUGUGGGAAUUGGAGUUGGUCUCAUUAGCUAUGUGAUUCCUGUAUACAUCGCAGAAAUAACCCCCAAAAACGUGCGAGGCACUUUUACAUUUAGCAAUCAGUUGUUGCAGAAUUGUGGGCUGGCAACCGUAUAUUACCUUGGAAAUUUCAUGUCAUGGAGAACAAUAGCCCUUAUCGGAAUUAUUCCAUGCUUGAUACAGUUCUUUGGAUUGUUUUUGAUCCCUGAAUCUCCCAGAUGGCUGGCAAGAGAAGGCCGCGACGAAGAAUGUAAAGUUGUUCUUCAGAAAUUAAGAGGAAAAGAAGCUGAUGUUAUGAAGGAAACUCGUGAAAUCAUGAUUUGUGUUGAUGCUACCGCAAAUGUCAGCAUGAGAAGUCUUUUCAAAAAGAAAUAUACUCGUCAAAUUACAAUCGGUGUAGGCUUAAUGCUUCUGCAACAAUUGUCUGGAAGUGCAGGAAUAUCUUAUUACGCAGGCAGCAUAUUUGAACUCGCCGGGUUUCCUUCGCGGAUUGGAAUGACAGUGUUGUCUAUGGUCGUGGUACCAAAAGCUAUAUUGGGUCUGAUACUUGUGGAACGAUGGGGAAGACGACCACUUCUGAUGGCAUCAGCAUUAGGGCUAUGUUUAAGUUGUAUCAUUCUUGCAUUAUCGUUUGGAUUGAAAGGUCUCCCUGGGAUUAUAAAUUUUACUCCCACCAUGGCAUUCAUAGGAGUAUUGACAUUCAACAUGAUGUUCGCAGCUGGACUAGGAGCACUACCAUGGAUUAUAAUGUCUGAGAUAUUUCCGAUGGACAUGAAAGUAGUAGCUGGGAGUUUAGUAACCAUCACCAAUUGGUUUACUGGUUGGAUUGUCAGCUACUGUUUCAAUUUUAUGCUUCUUUGGAGUCAAUCUGGUACUUUUAGUAUAUUCGCCAUGAUAUGUGGAGUUACAAUCAUAUUCGCAUGGUGUUUGGUGCCUGAAACUCGAGGAUUAACGUUAGAAGAAAUUCAACUUCCACGUGCUGAUAUUUUGAGUUGAUCCUAAAUGUGAAAGUAAAACCGAUACAAAUCAAUUUCUAAAUUUACUGUAUAACUAUAUGAUCGAUUUAGAAUAAUAUACUGUAAUCCUUCUAAAUAUUGUGGCUUUUCAAUCUGCUUCUUCCUAAUUUCAUUUUCGCUUGGUUUAGAG